GAAAGCAGGCCGCAGGCCACGCAGCCAACGGCUGCGCAACGUUUCCGAUAAGUUGCGUGGAAUUAGGGUUAGUUCGUAGCAUUAAAAUGGUCAAUCCUGAGAGUUGCUUUAUCGCUAUAAUAAUAGAUGAGGUUUCCGAUGAACUUUUCACUAAUCUAAAUUAUUCUUUAGUUCAGACAUUUCAUUUACUGAAGAAGGAUCAAAAUGCUUCUGUUCAGAAACCUAAAUCAUCACCAUUAUCACAGGCCUUUCAAAUAUCACAUAAUGAUGCUUUGGCAAUAAAUAAAUGCCAAAGGGAUUAUGAAGAAAGUCAGAAAUCUCGAAUGUUUUCAUUAUUAAAUUGA